UUAUAAAUUCGUACCUUUUCUAAUUCAUGGGAAACGAUAGAUUCUUGAAAUGAUAACAAGAUUAAUGGUGUGGAGUGUUUAGAUGUUACUAUUAAUGGCAAAAUCGCCGAAUGGCUGGGUUUAGUUGGUACCUUUCUGAAGGCUUCCAAGUAAUUAUUGAGAAGUCAAAAGAAGCGAAAUGUUCUUUAAAAGAUAUACAGUUGCGUUUUUUGUGCCCUGAUGAUUUAGAAGAGGUAAGAUCUCUAUGUAGAGAUUGGUUUCCGAUAGAAUAUCCACAAUCGUGGUAUGAAGACAUCACCUCUUCAGAAAGGUUCUUCGCCCUGGCAGCAGUUUACAAGAGCCAGAUAAUAGGCCUUAUAGUUGCAGAGAUCAAGCCAUAUCUUAAACUUAAUGCAGAGGACAGAGGAAUACUUUCAAGAUGGUUUGCUUCAAAAGAUACUCUUGUGGCAUACAUACUAUCGCUGGGUGUUGUCCGCCCAUACCGUCGCUCGGGUGUAGCGACGAUGUUGUUGGAUGUGCUCAUCAACCAUCUGUCAGGUUCACUGCCACAGCCGCCGCACGAGCACCGCGUGAAGGCGAUAUUCCUGCAUGUACUAACCACUAACAGUGAAGCUAUAUUGUUCUAUGAAAAGCGAAGAUUCAGGCUACACUCGUUCUUGCCUUACUAUUAUUCUAUAAAAGGUCGUUGUAAAGACGGUUUCACAUAUGUUUACUAUGUGAACGGCGGUCACGCACCCUGGGGCCUUUACGACUAUGUCAAGUACGUGGCACGAGCAGCAUGGAGGGGCGGUGGAUUAUACCCUUGGCUCUGGGGCAAACUGCGGACUGCUCUGACUAUUGCGUGGCACAGUAUUUCAAUCAUCAAUAAAAACAUUGCCUUUAACAUGUUUUAUGUUCUAACUGCGGCGAGGCAUGGGCGUUAAAGAACUUCCCGUUGAUGUUCGAAACACCUAGAUCUUUGAAGAAUAACUAUUAGGUGAUCACAGACUACCGUAAGAACCGCAAGAGUAGCUGGAGUCACACGCACCGCCUUUUCUAAGGGUCCCUGCUAAAAAUGAAAUACGUGCGGAUGCGUACGCGGGCGUGACGGUUACGUGCCAAAUGUAUAAAACCCAUCGCACGCACCUAUGACUAUAAAGACGAUCUCCCUGGUGCAGCGGUGAGCGCUAUGGUAUAAAGCAGGAGGUCCCGGGAUCGAUGGCCAGCAGGGGCUGUUUGGGAAUUUAUAAUUUCGAAUUAUAUCUGGGGCGAGGCUCCGGCGAUUGGCUAGUUACCAACCUACCGACAAAGACGUGCCGCUAAGGGAUUAAACGUUCCAGCACGGAAACCGAUUAGAGGUAUGGGUUUAAUAUGAUCCUUACCCGUUACAGGUUAGCCCGUUCGUAUCAGAAACGUGAAUAAAAGACGCGUGCGAGUUGAUUGGAUAUCAACUAUCGUCUUGCUAUUCUGUGUUAGAAUGGUGACAGAACAAGAGGACAGUGAAGAUCUUGAGCGAACUCAUAGAAUUCAUUAUCAUCAUCAUACCAAUUCAUUACCGGUCCAUUGCAGGUCUCGCGUCUCCCACACGUGAGAAGGGUUUACGUUGUCCACCAGUGCGUGUUGGUAGACAUUAUAUAGAACCCUCAGACAUGCAGUUUUCCUCACUAUGUUUUCCUUCACCGUUAAUGUAAGUGAUAUUUUAAUUGCAUAAAACGCACAUAACUUAGAAAGUUAAUGGUGCGUGCCGGGAAUUUAACUCGGCCCCCCGAAAGUGAGGCCGAAGUCCUAACCACAAGUCAUGUCAGGUGGCCUCUCUCAUCCAUAGCAAGCAAAAAAUAUACAAAACGAUUGAGUAGUUUGUCUGAGUGUGUGUUUGUUGUGUGUGUGUGUGUGUUUGUUUAUGAGCAUCUAAUUGAGUGUAUCAAUACCAGUUAUAUUCUUAAUAGGAAUAAAAUUGAAGAAGCGUGUAUCGAACCACUUGAGUCUCAAGUUCCAGCUGAUAUUUGGCCCGGAUGUCGCUCAAUGGUCUAGCGGCAGUCUGUGAUCGUGAACUUUAUUGACAUUCCUAGUCACGUCAUGAUAGAAGAAUAGUAUAUACAUAACCGUUCUUAACUAUUAAUGAAUUAUAUUCGUAUUAUUUUCCUACAAAUAUUAUAAUAUACUUAUACAUAAUUUCGUUUCCUAUCCUUUAUUUACACUAAAUCUUUCGUGUC